AUGCCUCAGUCAGCAAAGAAAUCAAAGGGAUCAAAAGCCUCUAAGGCCUCGAAGGGCUCUCAAAAGGGAUCAAAGGGCUCGAAAGGUUCUAAGGGUUCCAAAAAAUCCCCCAAAACAGUUGAACCAGUUGAGGAGCCAGAGGUCAUCAUUCCCGUACCCGAGGGUGUUAUGCAUAAGCGCAUGCGUUUCCUUCUGGAAUCAACGUUGAAAACCGAUGUAGAUUUCAUUGUGGGACCUGAUGGGAGCGAGACAACUAUUAAGGCCCAUAAGUGCAUGCUUGCAGCUGAGAGUCCUAUGUUCGAAAAGCUCUUUGCUGACUGCCAGGAGUGGAAGGAUGCGGAGGUGAGAAAGCGAGAACAGGAGGUUCUCGAAAUCCGCCAACGGGAAGCGGAAGUGGAGGCGGAACUCGCCAAAGAAGCUGCUCUAGGGGAAGCUGGCAAGUCUGAGAGCAAAACAUCCAAGGGUAAAGGCAAAAGCAAGGAUAAGGGAGGCAAGAAAAAGGGUGGCAAAAAAUCCAAAAGUAAGGACAAAUCCAAGUCCAAAGAUAAGGAUUCCAAAGGUUCCAAAGCAAAGGCAGAAAAGAAGUUUAAGGAGAAGGGAUCAAAGAAUUCCAAAGGAAAGGGUUCUAAGGGGUCGAAGGAAAAGAACUCCAAAAAAUCGAAAAGUAAGGAUUCCAAGAAAGGUCCGAAGGUGGCUGACGAAGGUCCUGUCACGUUAAUAAACUUUCACAAAGACGAAGUUAUUGGGCCUGAUAUAAUAAGAGUGCAGGAUGUUCAUCCUCUUGGAUUCUUCAGACUCCUCAGAUAUAUCUACUACGAUGAGAUGGUUUUCACUGGAGUCGUCGGCACAAUAAGGACCCUUUACGCGGCUCGAAAGUACUGCUUCUAUGACCUUGGAAGGGCUUGUGUCAACUACCUCGAGAAUAACGUUUGCGUUGAGCACAUCUUCACACUUCUUCAAGCCGCUCUGGAUUUCCAUGAGGACCGUCUUAAAACUCUGUGUAUGCGCCUCAUCAUCAACAACACCUUCGAGGUGAUCCACAGGGAGGACUUUAAGGAUGUAAAGAAGGACGUGCUGGUGAUGAUUCUUGAGCAGGACGUACUCAAUGUACGCGAAAUUGAGCUUUUCGACAGGGUUAUGCAUUGGGCAGAAAAUGAGUGCGAUCGCCUCAAAAUCACCGUAACGGCAAUGAACCAGAGAAUCGCUCUGGGCAAUCACUACUUCAAUUUAAUCCGUUUUCCAACAAUCCUCUCACACGAAUUCGCUACACAUGUUGUUGAAAGCGGUGUUUUGAAGACGGAUGAGAUCAUCCCCAUUUUGCAGUACUACAUAACUGGUCGAAAGCCCAGCCUGCCAUACUCCUGUCAGUCGCGGCGCCGACCAUGUCUGGAAGUGGGACCAUUGGACAACGUGAGUGUGGCCUACUCAGACCAGACAGAGAUGACUUUCGUAGGUCCGACGCGGCCACUGCGGCGCGCCGCCAGCCAUCGCGACAUCCUUGUUCCCGUGGGCGUGCUGCCGCCGCUGAGGGUGGGAUUGAUAUGCGAGCGACAGCGCAGUGGCUCGCCCCCAGCCCGAUUUCACGUUGGCGAGGAGGAGUUCAGCCUUAUUGAGGAGAAUAUGCGCCAUUUACAGCACCUCGUCAUGGAGCGCAACCAAUUUGCAUGGUGUAAAAUGCACAUGGCUGUCAUGAGUAGCCACUAUCGAUAG